AGAAACAGACAUCAUUUAUUAAUGGUAGAAUUUAAGUUCCUCACCUUAUCUAACUCCUUCCUUGGAGCAAGCAAAUAUUGCCUCUUCCUAGAAACAAAUUAUAGGGAGAAAAUUUCAUAAAAUAAAUAAUAAUAAAAGAAAAACUCCCCCAAAAGAUCCCAGGCCACCACUAUGUUUAAUAAAUGCAGAGAACCAGAGGUAAGGUGAGGCUCCAUUUAAUGUCCCUAAGCUAAAUUAAGUGAAUGGUGAGGCGCCCUUUCCCCCUAAUAACAAGCGCCUCUGUCUUUCACCACUUGGCAGGCCUUGCAUGCUAUGCUGGCAGCAAAGCUCCAAUCACCAAAUAUAAUAUUUUCGGAAUUUAUAGAAUAAGAAAGGGAAAAAAAAAACCCAACAAGAAAAAGGUUGGAACUUUAUAAUAUUAAAGAAAAAAGAAGGCUUUUCUGAGCGCCUAUAUAAAGUAGUGGGAAGUUGAAGGUAGGUGGGCUGAGUGAUGAUAGUGCAUAUUGCUGGGUGGGGUACUACUGUUGUGUGGGUGUGAGAGUUUUGUUCUUGCUUGCUUUUGCUUCUUUUUCAACUUGUUGAGCAAAGUUUUAGGCUUUUAGGACUGGUUUUUCAUAUUUGGGAAGAAUGAGCUACUUGGGUGUUGGUGUUAGUCCUGGGAAUGUUCCGGUGUAUCACAGCACCAAUUUAAAAGUGAUUGAUCGGAGAGUGAGGGUGGCAGAGUUGGUUUUGAGGUGUGUGAUCUGUGGUUUAGGAGUCAUUGCUGCUGCUCUUGUGGGAACUGAUACCCAGGUCAAAGAGAUCUUCACAAUCCAGAAGAAAGCAAAAUUCACUGACAUGAAAGCUCUUGUGUUUUUGGUGAUAGCCAAUGGGAUAGUCGCUGCAUACUCUCUGGUGCAAGUGCUGCGCUGUGUUGUGAGCAUGGUUAGAGGAAACGUGCUCUUCAGCAAGCCCAUAGCUUGGAUCAUUUUCUCUGGUGAUCAGGUGAUGGCAUAUGUGAGUGUGGCUGCAGUAGGAGCUGCAGCGCAAUCUGCGGUGUUUGCCAAGUUGGGGCAGUCAGAGCUGCAAUGGAUGAAGAUAUGCAAUAUGUAUGACAAGUUCUGCAACCAAGUUGGGGAGGGAAUUGCAAGCGCUUUAUUAGUUAGUCUGAGCACUGUGGUGCUCUCUUGCAUUUCUGCUUUCAAUCUCUUCCGCUUGUAUGGUGGCAACAAGAGCAAGAGCAGCGGCGCCACCAGGUGGUAGGGGGUCUAGGUCUAGCCAGCCUUCUUCUAGGAACCACAAAGACCCCAACAAAACACCAACCACUACUUUGUAACUAAAACUAGUCACUUCUUAUGUGUGAUGAUGAGACGGACGGUGAUGAUAAAAAUGUAGGCUUUUGCUGCCUUUGAAUUCUUACAAUAAAUUGAUGAGGCCAGUAUGUUCUUGUAGAGUU